AUGCAGUUGAUUUUGGCUCGUUUAUCUGACUAUUUUGGAAGAUUAGAGAUAUUUUUGACUUCUACCGUUCUCUAUAUUGCACGUUCAAUAGUAGAGUCGCCGGCUUACAACAUAAGUGCUUAUGGCGCAGGUGCCGUUCUCUAUAACGUUGGGUUCUGUUGUGUUAAUAUUGUCCUGCUUGUUGUUAUGUCUGACUUCUCAUCUCUUAAGUGGAGAGUGCUCUACCAGUUCGCACCAACAUGGGGUUGUGUAGUGAUUCCAUGGAUAUCUGGUGAUGUUGUAAAUUCCAUAGGCCCUAUCAAACAUUGGUCUUGGGGAAUAGGGUUUUGGGCUUUUUCUUUUCCUUUAGCGUCUCUGCCCUUCAUUUGCUGCAUGGUAUACAUGAUAUACACAACUAGAAAGUCAGACCAGUGGAAGUUGUUCAAUCAAGAAAAACCACUGAAUGAGGCAAAACUACUCACUCGAGUGAUGAGGAUAUUUCACCAAGUUGAUUUCAUAGGAACAUUAAUCUUUAGCGUCGCCUUAGGCUGCGUUUUGGUACCAUUAACUUUGGCUGGGGGUUAUUCAAGUAAGUGGUCACACAGCGAUUCCAUUGUUCCCCUGGUAGUGGGUAGCGUUCUGUUCGUUUUUUACAUUGUUUGGGAAAGUUUUAUGGCUUCCUACCCAGCUUUGCCUUUCAAGUUGUUAAAAGACCGUGGAAUUUGGAUCCCAAUUCUAGCAGGCUUUCUGAUGGACUUGGUAUAUUAUUUUUCAUGUGACUACAUGUACCCUGUGCUUAUGGUGGCUAUUAAUGAGUCUACUAAGUCUGCCACCAAUAUUGCAUCCCUUCCUCUUUUUGUCACCACAGUGGCCUCGCCAUUCUUUGCCGUGCUAUUGAGAUGGACUGGAAGAUUAAAAUGGUAUGCUAUUGGGGGAUUUGCAAUUUGGAUGGUUUCGCUUGGUCUUUUUUUCAGAUACAGAUGUGGAGAAGGCUCACACGACGGCAUGGUCGCAGCUGUUGUAUUGCUGGGGCUAGGACGAACAUUUACUCAGUUCCCGCUGCUUACGACUAUGCAAGCGAGAGCACCGCACACAAAAAUGGCCACAGUUACUGGUUUGUUCCAUGUUUGGGGAUCUGUAGGAAGUGUCGUAGGCGCUUCUAUCUCAGGGGCUGUUUGGACGCAGAAAAUGCCUAAGAAACUUCUCAAAAUGUUGGGCAGCAAUGGACUAGCCACUGCAGCAUAUGCUUCACCGUACACAUUUAUAAUCUCGUACCCAUGGGGAACUUCCGAAAGAUUAGCGGUUGUUUUGGCUUACAAAAAUGUUCAGAAAGAUACCCCAUUAAAAUCCAAAAUUGAUAACGAUGCUGAAAUAGAAAUGACUACAAGCGAGGUAUGA